CUUCCCGUCAUGCGUUGCGUCUCUUUCCGACUGCGCAUGUGCAGAGCGUGUGGAGCCUCAGCUACCUCAGAUUCUUAUGUGCUUGUAACACAAAACGAUCAAACCCAUGGAGCCCGCUUGGCGACAGGCCCGGGGUCGUGGCCGGGGUCAGGCUGCGGGUGAUGUGUCGUCAUGGCCGAUACAGAGGCAGGAGGACGGAGGGAGAGUGGGGCGAGGGAGGGCCAGGUCUGUCACAACAGUACCCAAAGCACAACAGUCCCCAGGUACAGCUGUUUCAUCUCAGUCCAAAUUUGAGGAGAUCAGGAAGUCUAACCAGGCUGCUGCUCAGCGAUUGGCUGAGAGUCAGUACAGCUCAUCCUCUGAUGAUGAUGAUGAUGAUGAAGACGAAGUGCUUGGGAAGCGAGGCCGAAUCCUAGAGUCGACUCUCACCACAUACACCAGUCAGACGGGAGGAGAUGUGUCAGACCUGGAGAGAACUCGUCAAUACUUGAAUGAGGCAUUUCAGUCUGGUGCCAUUACCUGCCUCAUCUGCAUAGGCUCUGUAAAGAGAACGCAAGCGGUGUGGAGCUGUGCUGGUUGUUAUUGUAUCUUCCACAUCCUGUGUAUUCAGAAGUGGGCUAAAGACUCCAUCUUCCUCGUCUCCUCAGUAACUGAUGAGAAUUUUGGGAAAAAGGAUCACCCCUGGCCCUGUCCUAAGUGUAGACAUCAGUAUACCCCUCAACAGACUCCCACUCGCUAUUACUGUUACUGUGGGAAGAAGGAGGAGCCUGAGCCAGACCCUUGGAUCCUCCCACAUUCCUGUGGACAGGUGUGUGACAGAGAGUUUAAACCUUCAUGUGGACAUCGCUGCCUUCUACUCUGCCAUCCAGGUCCCUGCCCUCCGUGUCCAAAGAUGGUGAGUGUGUCGUGUGUGUGUGGGAAAGCUGUCCCUGUUCCACGCCGUUGCAGUAAUAAAGCCUGGACCUGUCGGAAGAUCUGCAGCCGCACCUUACCCUGCAAGAUGCACACCUGCGCGCACACCUGUCAUGCAGGUGAGUGUAAGCCAUGUCCGAGAGUCAGUGUGCAGAAAUGUGUUUGUGGCAGGAAGAAGGCGGAGCGUCAGUGUGCCAGUCCUGUGUGGCACUGUGACCAGGUGUGUGGCCAGCCACUGACAUGUGGUAACCACACGUGUGAGCGUGUGUGUCACACAAGUGUGUGUGGAGAAUGUCCUCGUGCGGGAAAUCGUACCUGUCCAUGUGGAAAGAGCAAGUGUGCAUUACCAUGUACAGCUGAUGUUCCGACCUGUGGUGACACCUGUGAUAAGAAACUUGACUGUGGCUUACAUACCUGCUCCAUGCGCUGCCAUAGAGGAGCCUGUGAGACCUGCCGCCAGGAGGUGGAGAAGCAGUGUCGGUGUGGGCGCUACACCAAGCGCAUGCCCUGCCAUAAGGAAUAUCUUUGUGAGUCUAAAUGCACCCAGAUGCGCAGCUGCAACAGACACCAAUGCAAGAGGAAGUGUUGUCCAGGUAACUGUCCACCGUGUGAUCUAAGUUGUGGCAGAACUCUGGGCUGCAGGAACCACAAGUGCCCCUCUGUUUGUCAUCAAGGGAGUUGUUACCCCUGCCCUGAGGUGGUACAGGUUAAGUGUGCGUGUGGUUCCACAUCUCUGAGUGUUCCCUGUGGGAGAGAGCGGAGUACCAAACCUCCACGCUGCAGAGAAAUUUGCAGGACUCCUCCCUCGUGUCAUCACCCUUCCCGUGAGCUGCACAGGUGUCACUUUGGUGCAUGUCCUGUAUGUAAGCAGGUGUGUCAGCUGCCCUUACCUGGAUGUACACACCUGUGCCAGGCACCGUGCCAUGACCAGGUGCUGCUCAAAGCCAGCAACCAGGUUCAGUUAGCAGGUCCAUGGGAACAGCAGACUGCUCCGGCCUUCGAGUUCAAGGCAUUGCCAUGCCCUCCCUGCCAAGUGCCCAUACCCACGGCCUGUCUCGGAGAGCAUGAGGUGAGUCCAGUACCGUGUCAUGUACGUGGGCCGUUCUCAUGUGGCCGUUUAUGUGGACGAACUUUGACCUGUGGGAACCAUAGCUGCAGCCUGGAGUGUCACGUGGUGACCUUUGACCCCAAAAGGGAGAAAAGCGAGGCCAGUAAGGAGUGUGAACAGUGUGAAGAGGGCUGCUCUAAACCCCGCCCCACUGGGUGCCCUCACCCAUGUGCCCUUCCCUGUCACCAUGGCGACUGUCCUCCCUGUACUCAGAUGAUCAGACAGCGAUGCCACUGCAAGAUGUCAAUCCUGUACAUAGAGUGUCUGAAGCUGACCUCUAUUGAUGAUGAAGGAAGAAAACUCCUCACCUCCUGCAGGAACCAGUGUCCUAAACAGCUGAAGUGUGGCCAUCGCUGUAAGGAGCUGUGUCACACCGGGGUUUGUGAAGAGAACUGCAACCAGAAAGUUAAAGUCAAGUGUCCAUGCAAGAGGAUCAAAAAGGAGUUUUCAUGUUCCCACACCAGACAGGAGGAGAAUCUUGUGGUAUGUGACGAAACCUGUAAGGACCUACAGAGGAAAUAUGCUGAGGCCCAAGAAGCAGAGGAGAGAGCAAUCAAAGAGGAAGAGCUGAAGAAACAGCAGGCCGAGCUGGAGGCCUUUGAAAAGCGGCAGAAAGGAAAACGGAAGAAGAAUCGGCGCAACACAGAGGUGGAAACCCAGGAAAGUGUGUGGCUUAAAUACAGGAAGUUCCUCCUGGUGCCUGUCUGUGGCGUCCUAUUGGCUGUUGGAGCGUUUUAUCUGCUGCAGGCCAGUUAGAGCACUGGGCCAGUGACCAGCACUGAAACACCACGCUGAUACACACAGUUUCUGCUUUAACAAAGUCAUCAUCGGGAUGACAAAGGGGUGUGUGUGUGUGUGUGUGUGUGUGCGCGCGCGCGAGUGUGUGUGUGUUGCUCAGACUUAUCAAAUUUUAUUUUGAACAUUUCUAAGCCAGGCAUCUGUGUUAAUUAUGUUUAUCUCUCAUUAUAACUUCACUCAGUUAAACACAAUAAUGCUGAAUCAGCAGUUUUCAGUUUCACUCUUAAGGCCUGAGAUGAACGCAGUACAAAUUAAAUAAUAAGUUCUCUGACUGUUAGAUUUUACAAUGAGAACUUUCACAAACGUCAUGAAUAAAGUUGUGUUUGAAGAAAUUA